ACAACUUGUCAGGGACACACAGACAGACAGGUAGCAGAAAGUAAAUGUCCCGGAGGAAUUUACUACGAAAGUCUGUUAAAACAACAUACAGUGUGACCAAUGGCUGACCAGAGUACAGUGCCAAAUGGAGGUGGAGACCCAAUACAGGAUGACACAUUUGAGAUGGACCUGAAAGAAAUCCUGGAAGAUGGUCCGAACCUUAAUGACAUGAGCAACACUGUCCAGAGUGGCUCACCUAAAAAAAUUAUCAGUAGGUCUUACAGUGGGAGCUCUAUGUCUGCUGCUAGCUUUGGAUCCACUGAACCACGACUAACUCGGUCAUUUACUAUGCCUCCUGCCACAAGCAAUGUUCCAUUAUCAAGUCAAACCCCAGCCCAAAGUAAUGGCGACUUUAUUCCCAAGACGGUUUCAGCAGCUCAAUCCAAACUGGAGUCUAUACGACAUUGGAGUGUUAACACUUUCAAGUGCACAAAGCAGUACCUCGCUGAGAGAUUAGGGAAGGGUUCCAAGACUGUAGAUCUGGAACUUGAGACACAAAUAGAAGUUCUUAGAGACAUGCAGCGCAAAUACGCAAAUAUUUUACGACUGGCACGUGCCCUUACCAACCACUUCUAUCAAGUUGUACAGACCCAACGUGCACUGGGGGAGGCAUUUGGAGAGCAAGGACAGAGAAGUCCUGAACUACAAGAGGAAUUCUCUUACAACUGUGAAACACAGCGUGCUCUUGUAAAAAAUGGAGAAACACUGCUAGGUGCCAUGAACUUCUUUACAUCGAGUGUCAACACGUUGUGUAAUAAGACCAUGGAAGAUUCACUGAUGACUGUCCGACAUUAUGAACAUGCAAGGUUAGAGUAUGAUGCAUACAGGAAUGAUCUUGAAGUACUUCAGCUGGGUCCAAGAGAUGGGGGCACUGUGGCCAAGAUAGAAGAGUCCAAACGCAAGUUUGAGGACUACAAAGUAAAAUUUGAACAACUGAGGGCAGAUGUUACUAUCAAACUGAAAUUCCUAGAUGAGAAUAGGGUGAAGGUGAUGCACAAACAACUAUUACUGUUCCACAAUGCUGUAUCUGCAUAUUUUACUGGUAAUGAUGCCGCCCUUGAAGCCACACUGAAGCAGUUCAACAUCAAACUAAAAGGCGCUAACACAGAAAAACCCUCUUGGUUAGAACAGUGAAGAAUCCAGUCACAGAACCUGCCUAUAUACAGCCUCAUUGCGCCAAGUUUUCUGUGUAAUUCAUUGUUAGAGGUUUAUUUAGUCUGAAACAUGUUCAUAAAUAUUGAAUUUAUCACUUCUUCUCUUUCUGAGUUAAUCAACAAAAAUUCUGAAUUGAGAUUUAGAGAAUGAAUUAACAUGACAUCUAUUGUCAUGCUUUUAAGUCAAGAUGAUCUUUUGAAAAGGCAAAACUUCUUAGAAAAAUCAUAAUGACUAGGUGUUUUAGCAAUUACAGUAAGGGAGGUAGUUUCUCCCUUAAAAAAACAGGAACUCAUAACUGUUCUCAUAAUCAUUUAACACUUUCAUAAUAGCAAAUUACUACCCAAAGAAGUUUGCAGUUUUAGGUACAAUCAGUUUAUUAUUUAGAAAUUAGUUAAUUUCAGUUUCUUGGAGAAUGUGUCCUUUCUUUUUGGAGGGGCUUAUUAAAUAAGAGACAAAGGAUGUAUAUUUUGUAAUUGACUCAUGGUUUCCAUCAGAUCAAAGAAAUUCACUUGAGUAAACAUACAUGAUAUACCUGGUUAUGUUCAGUUAGAUAGUUCAAUGCAAACUCCUUACUAGAAUAGUAGUCAAGAAAUUUCACUGACAAAUUCUAGAUGACUAAUGACAAAGGUAAUAUUGUUGGUCAUAUAUUAGUAUGCAUUUAUAAUUAAAUAUGCUGCAGUAUUGCCUGUCAUAACUAAACUGCAUAGGGACCAAUCAUCUCAGGUUUUAAAAACAUGCAGUUAAAUUCCUUUACAUAAAACAUCGUUGAUACAUACCUAGAUGUUCGAUUUUCAAAAUUCUCCAAAUAUUCAAUUUUGAUAUGUUGUGAAGAAAGGUAAAAUUUUACUUUCUUUAUUGACCUUGAAUCAGAAAUUAAUGCCAGAAGAUUUUCAAAUGAAAAGGCCUAAGAAAUAUGUACAUGUAUUAUACAUAUCUACUAGUGUUUUAGCCAUCUGUUGCCGGUCAGAAUGAUGGUUUUUGUCCAGUUUUGUGGAUCUCAUGAUUUUGAAAUAAAAGCUUGGCACCUCAGGUUUUUUGCAUAAUCAUCUUUUGUAAAUUGCGUCCAUUUCCACUGCAUUGAAAAAAACAUCCUGUUUAAUUAUGAAAUAGAAUUUUUGUUGAUACUUUCAUUUAUUUGGCAGUUUAUUAAUGAAUUUUAUAAUGAGGCAUGUCUGGAAAGCUUUUUGAAUAUCUGUUAAAACCUAUUGAAAAUUCUAUUGGGUACUUUUCAUAUAGGGUAGUUAGAUAUUUUGAUAUACCUAUCUAAAAACAGUGGUUAAUAUGAGAUAGAUCUUUUAUUAUACUUUUUUAUAUUCAGUGAAUAUAAAGCUUUUAUGUUGUUUUACACUUGUUUUUUGUUCUGCCACAAAACAAACAAAACAUUUCAUUGUAAAUGCAAGAUUUCAUUUGACUUAUUAUGUACUGCCAAGAAAAAGUCCACAUGGGUUCUUCAGUUUUUAUCUUCAGAUAAACAUGUACAUGUUUAAGAGAAUCGAAUUAUAAAUCAAGCAUUACUUCAAAAACUGGUUGUGUGGUUUUCUUUUGUGAUAACAUUCAUGAACAUUUUUUACACAUGUUGAAGAUGUACAUUUAUUGUCAAGGAUAAUGAACAUUGUGGCCAAUUUAAGUGCAUUUUAUGUAAAUAUUUGUGAAACCGAAAUCCUGUAUGUAGAAGGUCUGGUAUAUGUAAAUCCUGGCUUUGAUUAAGAUUUUCUCUAUAUGUGAGUGAGAGAAAGGUAAGUGUUUGAACAGAUUUUUUUGUUUUUGUUUUUGUUAGAUAUUGAAUGAGCUAUAUUAUGUAUAUUUAAUGUUUCUUUUGUGGAUAUUCAUGAAUGACAAAAAUGUGUGAUUCGAUGUAUCUUUUUUUAAUACAUAUUUGUUCAUGCUUGUGUAAGUUGGAUUGUGUUAUGUGUUGAAUUUUAUGUUAAAGUCACUCCUUGCAAAGCAUGUUUUCACAUUUCAUAAGGUGUGUCAUCCAGUCAGGACAGUUGGUCAUCAUACCCAGACAGUGUAUCAACUGAUCUCCCAAUGACAAUGGACUCCUCUUUACUCCUAUUAGUUGCAGACAGUGGACCGCAUGUAGUCUUAUUCAUCACAGAUGGCGGGUCACCUGUAGUCCAAGUCACAGAUAACGGGUCACCUGUAGUCCCAGUCACAGACAACGGGUCACCUGUAGUCCAAGUCACAGACAACGGGUCACCUGUAGUCCUAGUCACAGACAAAGGGUCACCUGUAGUCCUGCUCAGAGAGCAGGUCAUCUGUAGUCACAGACAGUGGGUUACCUGUAGUCCUAUUACUUACUGACAGUGAACCACCUGUUGUCCUUGUCACAGAGAACGGGUCACCUGAAGUCACAGACAGUGGGUCACCUGUAGUCCUAUUAGUUACUGACAGUGAACCACUUGUUGUCCCAGUCACUGUCAGUGGACCACCUGUUGUCCCAGUCACUGAUUGUGAACCACCUGUUGUCCCAGUCACUGUCAGUGAACCACCUGUUGUCCCAGUCACUGUCAGUGUACCACCUGUGGUCCCAGUCACUAACAGCACACCAUUUGUUGUCCCAUUCACUGACAGUGGACCACCUGUUGUUCCAGUCACUGUCAGUGGACCACCUGUUGUCCCCGACACUGACAGUGGACCACCUCUUGUCCCAGUCACUGUCAGAGGACCACCUGUUGUCCCGGUCACUGACAGAGCAUCAUUUGUUGUCCAAGUCACUGACAGAGCACCAUUUGUUGUCCCUGUCACUGACAGUGGGCCGACUGUUGUCCCAGUCACUUACAGGGGGCCGACUGUUGUCCCAGUCACUUAAAGUGGGCCAACUGUAAGGUUCCAGUCACUUACAGGGGACCGACUGUUGUCCCAGUCACUUACAGGGGGCCGACUGUUGUCCCAGUCACUUACAGGGGGCCGACUGUUGUCCCAGUCACUUACAGGGGGCCGACUGUAAGGUUCCAGAGUCCAUUGACAUUUCAUGUCUGUGAUAUUACAUGAUCCAUGACAAAAGGUAUUCAUAUCCUAUUUCAUGUGGAAGCCUUACUUUCACAAUAUCUUUCCAUUCUCUUUUUAUUUUCAUAAUAUUUGUAUUCUCAUUCACCUUCCUGAAAGGCCAAAUGAACUUAUUCCAAGGUGCAGUGUUUGUCGUCCUUCUUGUGUGAUCUUUUCCCUUUGAACAUCUUCCUUUUAAUAACCAAAAGGCCUGGAAUAAGGAUAUAUGAAGGGAAGGUUCCAUGGAUGAAGCUCACCAACUUUAUGAAAAGAAAUUAUAUUGACCAAUAUUCAGAGUCACAGGGGUCAAAUUUGUUAAAAUCUUCAAACGGCUUGUCUCAGUAACCAAAUGAUCCUAGGAUAGAGCCUUACUGAUUUUGCAAAAAGAAAUAACAUUUACCCUCUCUUCAAGGUCAUAGGGUCAAAUUUGUCAAAGCCUUCAACAAUGUCUGAAUAACCAAGACUUGAAUGACAAAGAUGUGAAAUGUUAAUGUAUUUGUGAAAGCAUUUAAUACCAGGUGAAAGAUGCAGGUUAAUUAGGCCUCUUCUUACUACUUCAUGUCAAAUUCUGGCCAUUUAAUUGCUAACAGUAGUAUAAUGUUAAACAAAGAAUAAUAAAAAGGAAUAAUAUGAAACAUUUAUCUCUCAACAUCAUCAUAUUUCAUAAUUUUUAUAUAAAGCAUCAAUGUUCAAAGGUAGGUUCUUAGAUGUAUAAUUUUACUCUUGUCAUGAAAAGAACUGGUUCCUUUAAACAGGGCAUUUACCCAGUAGUAAUCUACAACCUUGCUGUAGACUGUUAAUAUUGCAUCUUAAGAACGUACUCCAUCAUACCAUUCAUACAGCUCUGUUUAAUAUUUACUGAAAAUGUUGAUUUUGUCCAAAUUACUUGGCAUGCUGCUUCUUUAGCACUCAUAUGGAGCUAAAUAAUAUUUUUUAGUUCACUGAAGGUGAUGGCUUUGCUCAUUUGAUAUAUUUGUUUUUAAAAUACAGUAUACUGCCUUUUAACCUGAAACUUAUCAUUGUCUUUCAAUAUGCCUCAUCAAAAUACUUUUCUUGUAUACGUUAAGGUGUAUUUAACUUAUUGUAUACAUAUUCAAAUUAUGAAAACUCCUACUGUUAGCUCUGUAGAAAUGUUGAAACAAAAACAAUGCUCCAGUUUAUGUUACCUUAUUAUGUAUUGAGAUAGUGAAAUUCUUACCAUUUUGAGAAAUCAAAUAUUUUAUUUAUUUGUUUUGUGUGCAUUUUAUGUUAUAUUACGUCCAACUUCCUUAGUUUUGUGACAGACUUUUUCCGAGAUUACUUGACAUAUAGAUAGACAACCAAUAGGUUAAAUUUUAAUACAUUCUGUACUGGUAUCCUUUAAACAUUUUACAAGACGUGUAACCUAGGUACUUCCUAUAACAUACUCCAACAUAUUACCGAUCAACAUCUACAAAUUCAUAUCACAUUCAUUAUCACUGUAUAAUUGACAUUGCUGUGUUAGCAAGUUAUAUGGGACCACAUGAUAGCAUAAUGAAGUAACCAUCUUCACAUCUUCCUUUUAAAAAGGAAGUUUUCUUAUUUGUGUGUAUACAUGUAUACAAGUUCUGGGAAGUUAUGAAGCCCAUUUCUCUUGUUGUUUUACAUACUUUGUAUAUACUUGUGAUGUCUUAUGCUAAUACAAGUUGUCUUUGAUUUCAAAUAGUAUGAUUUUCAACAAUGAUAGAUUCUCUUUGCUGUAGAUGUUUCUUUCUUGUGUCCAUUUGUGUUGACAGCAGGGAAGGUCAAUUUUACUGGAAAUGUUCAGCUCAUCGCUGAGAGAAUAAUAAUAGUGAGGUAAUAAUUUCAUAUCUGAACAGUUUUAAGCAGUUGAGCAAGAUACUUACAGCAAGAACUGGUGUAGGGGAUCUUGAUUGCUGAUUAAUCUUUAAUAGCUAGUCACUUGUUCUCUGGACUCCAAUAUAAUUGUAUUGUGACCUUGUAAUGUGUAUAUAUAGUAUUUUAUUCCUCAUUCCUCUGAGGACAUAUGAGGUGUAAUUUUUUUUUUCAAUGUAUAAAAGAAAAAAAAUGUAUAUUUUGUUUAUAUAUAUAUAUAUAGUAUAUAAACAAUGCACAUUAGUAAUCUUUAGUGUUCUGGUAGCUUUGGUAAUUGUUGCAGUGUGGGUUGAAUAUAUAUUAGAGCCUAUCAUAAGUUUAUUAUACCCCCACUUAGGUAGAGGGGGUAUAAUCAGUCUGUGUGUUGAAGAUACCAAUGAAUAGAUUUUAAUAGCAUUGUUCAAGGUUAAAGGUCACUCCCAAUCACUUGAAAUAAAAAACUUGUUUACAAGAUAUUUCAUGAACCACAGGACAGAAUUAAUUCAUAAUCACAACAUAUCAUCACUCUAUCAAUUAUCAAUGUCUACACCUGAUUAGAUUUUGGUGGUAAUCAGUGAAGGCAAAAUGUCGUGGGUUGGCCACUUUUGAAAUAAAAAGCUUGUGUAAAAGAUGUUCCAUGAACUCCUUAAUAGGUAAACUCCUGAGUAUACCUAUAUAUUGAAAAGAUGAGGGAGUGGAGGGUAUAUUUAUCUGUAGGAGUCUUUUAUUUGUUUGUAUUAUUCCAUUAUUCAAGAAAUUUAGGUUUGGGUAUCUACUGAUCAACAAUAAUUCUUAGAUAAGUACACACUUCAUUAGUUAGACAAUAUAGAAGUGAACAGAAAAGUUGUCAAUUUUCUUUCUUUUCUAAAUCUGAAUAUAUAGAUUAUAAUUUGAUCACUGUACAAAUCUAUGCCAUUUUAGAUUUCCUGAUGAUUGUUUUGUCAUUUGGUAUAGCUCACAAGUAAUAUAAACUACCUAGUGAAAAUUUAAUUAUAUCUGAAAUCCACUUGAUUUUCCUACAAAUAUACCACAACCAAGGGAGAUAUUUUCUUCUAAAUUGUGCUGUUGUCUUUAAAGCUGUUUGGACAAAAUGCUUUGGUCCAUUGUUCUCCAGUAUUGAUGAAAGUAGUUACAUAAUAAAAAGAAACAUUCAGUUUCAUUUUCUAUCAAAUGUUACGAGCUCGAGCAAGUUACAGUAAAUUGGUAUGGGAUAAUUAAUUGACAAGUAAUUUACAAAAAAUUGUGUGCAAUAUUACAUUUGUAAACAUAAAUUUCAUAUAUUUAAAUCAACCAUAACAUUGUUGUCGGAGAGAUGAAACAGUACUGCCAGCAUCACUGUUAUCAUGGAUUUGGAUAUAUCUUAAAUCUGUGCAUUUACAUUGGCAAACAAGACAAAUGUACCAUGUAACCUUUCUCGGAUUGUGAUGUCAAUGAUCAUGAGGCAGUCAGUUACAUAUUUAUACAGGGGAUUUUCCAGUUCUGCUGGUAAAAAAAGAAUCACUUUGCUGUGCUGUUUGUGUAUUUAUAAAUGCUUGUGAAACUAUAACUAAUAUCACAUUUUCCAUAUGUAUAAACCAUCCAUGUUAUUUAAGGUCUGUGAAAUACACCAAAUGAAUAAAAGCUAUGAAAGAAA